AUGUUUCUUAAAAGGUGUUUCGCACGGGGCUUGCUCUUGUGGUUCGGCAUCUCGGCGGCGGCUGCUAAUCGCAAAAAUCUCUUCAUCGACACAGAUCUUUUCAGCGACUGCGAUGAUGCAUCAGCUAUCCUCCUCGCUGCUACGAGUCCAGAGUUGUCACUUAUCGGCUUGAACAUCAACUACCCCUCUUCUUACUCUGCUCUCGCAGCAUCUGCCAUCCUCUCGCAUUACGGCCACCGUCAGGUCCCCAUCGGCGUUCCCAGACCCAUCUCGAAUGAGACUUUCACAGAUACGUGGUCAUUCGAACUGGGCGAAUUCACGACCAAGGUCGCGUAUCACUGGCGCUGCGAGGACUGCGCUGUGCGCUGGGGGCAUGUGGACGACGAUGCCUGGGAUCCAGUGGCGCUUUACCGGAAGCAACUCAGCGAGGCUGCGGAUGGUAGCGUCACCAUCGCGUCGAUAGGGUUCCUCAAUAACCUGUCCAGGCUGCUCAACUCAUCCGGCGACGCAUACUCGGAGCUCACCGGCGCUGAACUAGUCGAGAGAAAAGUAGCACAGCUGGUGAUUAUGGGAGGCGCCUAUCCCAGCGGGCACGAGUUCAACUUCUGGGGCUACGACCCUUUGGCGACAGCACAUGUCGUAAAUAACUGGAAAGGGCCUGUGGUCUUCUCCGGCUCUGAGCUUGGUGGCAACGUGACGAGCGGCGGCAGCCUGAUGGCUCGGGGCCCAGCGAGCGAUCCAGUCCGUGCAGCUUAUUUCUACUACACGUACAACACCUCGCGUUUCUCGUGGGAUCCUCUCACCAUGCUCUACGCCAUCAACGGCCUUGGAGACCUAUUUGAGUUCGGAAAUGACAAUGGCUACAACUUUGUGCACCCAAACGGCUCCAAUGCCUGGGUUGCCGACGAGAAUGUCACGAAUCAACAUUGGCUGAAGCUCAAGGUGGACAAUGUCACAGCGGCGAGAUAUCUGGACGAGAUGAUGGUCGAAGGUUCUUGGUCUGCUGUCUCCAACACGGACAGAUUCACAAGUUCGGGGAAAUCCCGAGCUUCCCAUUCGGCGAAACUACCAACUCGGCCACGGCAGUACACCCUGCAUCAUCAUCAUCAAAGGCUGUGACUGACCUUUGGGUGGCGCCAUGAAGCGAUGUGACCAAUGCUGAUAGGAGUAUUAAUGAUUAAUGAAUGAUAUGUGGCUAGGGCAUGACACUUUGCUCAAUAGACGUCUUAUUUACCGGUCUCGUUACACUUCGAGCCCUUCCAUUCGUAUCAGGCAAGAGGCAGACCAAUAACUGUGACGAUCUGUAGG